CGGACGACUCCAUGCGGGAGUAAGGCUUUCUUCUAUCGUUUCUGUCUCCUCUAUUUUUUUUUUUUUUUUUCAUGUUCGGAGAAGUUGUGAAAUUGCGUGGUCCACAGGUCCUUUCACGAACUCGUCAGUAUUCCUUACUUCUUCGUUUUUCUGUUACGAUCGAGGAAGUAAGAAUUUAAACAUAAGUAAUGAUUCAAGCACCGAUAGAUCAACCGUUUUGAGCUACUGCAUUCGAUUCGGUUUUUGCACAUGGUGCGAAAGGAAUACAGCGCCGCCAGCGGUGAAGUUCGAUAUAUGAUGGACAUUCUCCUCUAAAAGGUGCUGACAGUCUUCUCGUGAACAAAUCUUUGCUCUCAGCCUCGCAAUGCGCUCUUCUCCGAAUAUCACGUGUUUCCUCGGUGUUGACGGGUUUUUCGGCUUGGUGUUGGUUGCACUUCAUGAUGGUUUCCAUGUUUCUUGAGCACUGCCGUGUAUUCCAGAAAAUGUUACCUGUUUGAAAGAAUUAGCUUCUAGUACAAUUAUGACUAUCACGUUCGGUACGAGGCAUUCUCAACGCGAAUUUUACGUGAUGUUAAGUAUAGUGGGUAUAUUAUCUGCCAUUAUUGACAUAAUUGAUGAUUCGUGUACCCGUGAACUUCGAUAACUCGAACCUCCGUUAGUCAAAUGCCUACCGUCCAAUAUGAUGUUUCCCAUUCUGACUUCUUGUAAAAGUAAUGCAUUGAAGACGCUUAAACUCAAAGGCUUUCCCAAUCAAAGCUCUGUAAGUCGAUUUUUCUGGAGGCCUUGUGGCUAUUGAACCAUGAAAUAGUGGAAUUAAAAUGUAACUUGAUACGUUUUCAAGGGAAAUGAAAUACUCUCUGGGAAAAUGAACCGAGUAAUGAGGAAGUUCGACUUGAAGAGGUUCCACUGUAUUUUUUGUGAAUUAAAAUCGAGGGUGAUCUUUUCAGAGAAUCGUCAUUAAUUCUAUUUUUUCGCUGAAGAGACCUAAAAAUAUGCGAAGAACGUAACAUGCCACGAAGUCUCAUUGUUCACAGACCGGUUCUGGGAUUUUUUUUUGGUUUCAUGUCACUUGGGUCGCACUUGGCUCAUCGAGACUAACAUGAACUGCGUUUUUCUUGCUGGUUACAUAUUUGAUCUCAACUGCUAGAAAUUGUGACUGUAAUGUAGGGGUUGAUCGGGUUUCGAAUGAAAUUCUGUUCAUUGUAUGUCGGAAUUCAGAAAAAUCUAAUGGAGUUAUGUCAAGAAUAAACUUCUAUUUGAGAAGAAAUUCUUACUACGAUCCCACUUUCUCCACGUGGAUAAUUUUCACAGGAGGAGAGUGAAUUAUAGUGCUGUGCUGUAUUUAAAAAACCCCCCUGAUGAAGAAUGGUGUUAUUAUUUACAGUACUGUGCUUCAGAAGUUUCGAGGAAGCGAAGAUGUACUUGGUUUCUUACUGCUAAUUUUGUGAUCUAUUAGAAAAAUUCCGGUUUCGAAAUUUUGCGGAAAUUCACUGAUGCAAAACCUGCGAGCACGUGAAUGAAGAAUUUAUUUGAAAUCCGAUCAACACCAAUUGCAGGUCUUCGCUGCAAAGUUGAAGGGGGAGAACGGCACGGUUUGGGUGCAAGAUUUCCAUUACUAACGCAUCAAUGGUCAUUGGUUUUAUCGUAAUUUGUAUUAACAAUUCGAAUUACUGAUGCAGAUACAUGUUUGAUUAUCAUGAGCAGUAUUAAACAAUUUGUAACGUUGAUAAACAAUAGGUCACUAGAACCCAACUCAGCGAUCGUUUGAAGAAUUCCCCGUGCGCUCUGGUCAGUACAAUGUGGGGCUGGACUGGAAACAUGGAACGUUUAGCUUCUUCUCAGACCCACGCCAAGCACGUCGACACUCAGAGGAAUUAUCAUAUGAAUCAGAAAAAGGUGCUCGAGGUGAACCCCAGACACCCGUUGAUCAAGGACUUGUUGAAGCGAGUAUCGGAUGAUCCCAAGGACGAAACUGCGAUUGAAAUGGCCAAGAUGAUGUUCCGAACGGCCACUUUGAGGUCCGGGUACAUGCUGCAGGAUACGUUUGAUUUCGCCGACACCAUCGAGAAGAUGAUGCGCGUCAACAUGGGCAUUUCCUUGGACGAGGAGGUUGAAGCUGAGCCCGAGUUCAGUGCUGACGAGCCGAAAGAAGAAGUGAAGGAGGAUGAAGAGGAGAUCUCUGGGGAUGAUGAAGAUCAUGCGCACACCGAGCUUUGAGCCCAUUCCGUAACGACACGUGUGUGAAUAUUACAGGCACGGUUUUCAUUCUCUCCGUUCACUGUUCUCCUCUACUUUCCCCUGGCUCUCAGCUCAGUCCGGAAAUUCUCAAAAUGCGAUGAGUGAUGAUCUCUUCUCUUACUUUUUUUUUGUUCUUCGUAUCUGGUGAAAUUUCUUCUUCUGUGUCCCGAAUGAACAACACACUUGAGGAAACGGAAAUCAUUGUGAUACUGGGGGGCAGGGGAAGGCGUGUGUGGGGGGUAUUGAAGGAAGGGUAUGUUGCGGAGCUUGAAGGCGACUCCGGUCUCCGUUGGUGUUGUUUAAGAUAGACCUUGUUUUCGUUGGUGAUCAUAUUUAUGAAGGAUUUUUUUCUUUCCCUGUGUUAAAUCUGUGUUGGUGUGAAAGAUACAAUCUGUUUUCGAAA